CAGCUGAUAAGUUGACAAAUGGUUAAUUGUCAUUACACAAUUUUUUUUUGUGAAAAAAGUAAAAUAAACUGAAGAUUUAAGUUUUACCAUCGCUUAUAAAUGAUGAGUAAUUUAAUAAACAUUAGCAAACAGACUAGCCGAUUGUGCCAAUCGCCAUUGAAGCAAGCUGCAACAAAUAUAUUGCAAAGCAAUUGCGCUGCGCUCUCCACAACCGCAAAUGUCUGCGCCGAGUCCAAGGAGCCUAAACAAAAAAGCGAACGCGUAGUUGAAUUCGAGAAAAAGUUGCGUGCAAAGACACCACUUGGAAAAUUAGAUGAAUUCUCGAAACAUCCUUUCCAAGAAAAAGAACCGCUGAAGCCAUGGCCUAAUGCAACCAAUCCACAUACGGGUGAAAUUGGUGGACCUGCUGGACCAGAGCCAACGCGCUAUGGUGAUUGGGAGCGUAAAGGCCGCGUCACAGACUUUUAAAGUAGAAUUUGCUGCUUGAUUUGCUGCAGGUCUUCAGAAAACUACUUUUCCUUUCAAUAAAGCUACAUUUAUCCUGAUACUGCAAGAGGGUAAUA